AUGCCGGCGGGGCCGCGUGUGCUGCUUCUUGGAGGCCUGGGCAUGAUCGGCCAGAGCCUCCUCAAGUACAUUGUCGACUACGAGCUCGCGUCACACGUCCGUGUGGUGGACAAACGCGUGCCGGAGAUGUGUUUCCUCCCGCGAGCCAUCAGGGAGCUUUUAUCGCUAGCCACCGUCGAGUUUCUCCAGGCCGACUUGUCCACGCAGGAGCACGUUGAUCGUGCCUUUGCUGGGGAGCCGUUUAGCAUCGUCGUGAACCUCGCCAGUGAAACCCGGCAUGGACACAUGGAGGUGGUGUACGAGCGAAGCAUCCUGCGGGUGCGGACGCUUUGCGCGCGAACGGCCGCCAGAGGAGGCGGGUGCGAGCGUUACGUGGAGGUGAGCACUGCCCAGGUCUACGCCUCGACCAACAAGUCCCCGGCAACGGAGGCAGUUACUCCGUUAAAGCCCUGGACAACAAUGGCGAAGUACCACCUGGAAGCAGAGCAGCUCGUUUCUUCCAUCUCGCAACUCCCCUGGGUGAUUGUGCGACUCCCAAUUGUCUAUGGGCCAGGCGAUAUUGGUGGACUUAUGCCACGCAUUGUCUGCGCUGCAGUGUACGAAAAAACAGGGGAGUACAUGGAGUUCUUGUGGGGCAAGGACCUGCGCAUGCACACGGCACAUGUGCAGGAUGUUGUGGCGGCGAUAUGGCACAUUGUAUGCGCCGGCGCCACCCACGAGGUGUACAACGUCGUGGAUGACGGUGACACAACGCAAGGGGCCCUCAACGCCGUGCUGGAGUCCAUGUUUAACGUCAAGACGGGCUUUUUUGGAAGAUUGAUGUGCAGUAUGGCGGCCCUCAACUUGGAGGCUGCGGUGGAGGAGGCCAACGAGGGCCUCAUGCAGCCGUGGACGACGAUGCUGAAGGAGUGCGGCAUCCCCUUCACUCCCCUCUCCCCCCACCUGGAGAAGGAGCUUCUGUCCGCCGACGCGCUGGCCGUCGAUGGCUCGAGGCUGCGGGCACUCGGCUUCCGCUGCAGCUGUCCGCGGGUCACGAAGGAGUUGCUGGAGGACAGCGUGGACUACUGGGUCUCGCUCGGCCUAUUUCCAAAGUGA